AUGUCUGUAGAGGACGACAUCAGAAACCAAUUCUCAUGCUCAAUAUGUCUGGAUACCUUUAAAGACCCGGUCACCACAGAGUGUGAACAUGACUUCUGCAGGCCAUGUAUAACGGAGUACUGGGACAGAGAGGAAACAUCCAUCUGUCCUCUGUGUCGACAGUAUUCCUCGGGAUCCUUGAGAACUAAUCGUACACUGGCCUGCGUUGUUGAGAUACUUCAGUCAAAGAAAGGUAACAGUUCUGAAGAAACCGACUCAGGUGGAGACAACAAUUUUGGAUUCCUGCUUCUCGUCAUCCUCAUUUUUGUAAUCGUGCUUCUCUGGUCGUUGAGCCCAGAUGCUUCUUCACUGGGACUUUACCCCAAGGAUUACGACAUGUGUUCUCAGCACAAGGAGAAACUGAAGCUCUUCUGUGAAGAUGAUCAGGAGUUAAUUUGUCUCAUCUGCAGGGAUUCAAAUAAGCACAAAAACCAUCGGGUUUCUCCCAUCAAUGAAGCUGCUCGAUACUAUAAGCUCCUGAUUGACUGCAUCCAGCAGCUGGAGCUGCAGUUGGACUCACUCAGGAGCAUCCAUGAUACCGACAGCAUCAGAGACAGGAGGUUUAAUGGGGUGGUCACGCCAAAGGACCAGGCUGCAGGUAGUUGGCAAGAACUGGCCACAACUCUGGAAUCAUUGAAAAUGACGCAUAUCCAUCACCAAGUAAUGAAGUCCAAUUAUGAGGAGAACCUGACUUUGUUGAUGAAUGAAGUAUCACUGACAGAGCAACGCAUUGGGAAGCUCUUUGUGCGUCUUCAUGAGUUCCUGAGAAUGGAAGAGGAGAGCAUUGUGCAGGACCUCCACAACGAUGCUUGGCAACGCUUCACCGUGCUGGAAGAAAUCAUCAUGCAGCUGGCCUUUGAAUCGACGGCCUUAUCAGACACCAUCCAAGCAGUCAGCGAGGACCUUUUUCAAGAAGAUGCCAUACUGUUCCUAAUGAAGCUGAAAACAACACAAGAAAGAGUUCAAAUGGCAAUUUCUGAUCCCAGAGAAGUGUCUGUAAAGAUGGAUGGUACCAAGUACAAAUUCCUAAUGAUGUACAACUCCUGGAAAAAAAUGGUCAAUGAAAUUGGCUUUAAUACCGUGCCACUGAGUUUAGAUGCUGAAACCGCACACCGGGACCUUCUCAUCUUCAACAACAUGACCAACGUCAUGUACAGCCAUGGCUUGAAGAAACCUCCGGACACCAGCUCACGAUUCAGUGUCCAUCCCUUUGUCCUGGCCCAGCAGGGGUUGUCAUCAGGAAUACACUACUGGGAAAUCUUUGUGGGAUGCAAGACUGACUGGAUCUUAGGGGUGACUAAAGAGUCUGUGGAACGCAAGACACCCAUCUCACUGACGCCUCAAGAUGGCCUCUGGACUUUGGAGAAGAGAAACAAGCACUACGUGGCAAAUGCUGUGCCCCGGGUGGUCAUCUUUUCACGGUUGAAGUCCCAAAAAAUUGGAAUUUACCUCGAUUAUGAAGGCGGGCAGGUGUCCUUUUACAAUGCUGACUAUAUGAACCUUAUGUACACCUUCAAAGACACAUUCACAGAGACAUUGUACCCCUUGUUCAGCCCAGGUUUUAGUUUUACACCACUAAGAAUAAUCCAUAGGGAAGCUUACGGACUGGUGAAUCAUACCAUGGUGCACGUAAUCGUUAUAGCGCCCGAUCACACACAGCUACAUGUCCGGCGUACUUCAUACAAGCAGUCGGUUCAGAUGGGAGGGGGCGAUGGUACCGGGAAGCUGGGGUCCGCUGGUGUUGGGGAACAGUGUGGACACUCGGUGCUGGGGUGCGAGGGGAAGCCCCGAGAUCUCAGCCGCACCGCUCGCUCAGCGCCAGCACCAGCAGGUCUCUCCACACUGAGCCCCAGGGAGAUUCCUUCAGUCCUGGCCCCACGGCACUGCCAGUGA